CACCUCUGCAGGUGUGGAUCAUACAUGUGUCUGAGGUAUUAUUAGUAAACAACUCAUCAGAUGACGUCCGAGGCUUAGUGAUGAAGAGGUUUAUCACUUGAGAUGUCGUCUGCGGAUGAGUCAUUUACGCUGAACACCUGUCAAAGCUUCAGAGCGCUGUGGGCUGUAGAGAAACCUCCACACAAAGGUAAUUUGUUGGUGGCACCAUGAACGUUCUGGACGAAGUGCCGUUUCAGACGCUACUGGGUCCGCUGCAGGAGGACGUCCAGAUGGUGGUGGCUCCAGAUAUCACUGUGCCCGACUGUCACCAGAUACUGCGAGAAACUGAGUAUGCGUUCAACCUGGAGAAACUGAUUCUAACUGGACGGCAGCCAGUGUGUCAGACCCCAUCGUGUCCCCCUUAUUGGAUGAUGUUCAGCAGCCCUCAGGGAGGUCACAAGCCCGGCGACCUGUUGGCCCCGAGCCUUCGGCCCCGCAGCCACAGCCUGAACUCUGCAGACGCCCGCUGGCUGCGCCACCGCACAGUCACCUUCCUCGUAUCCGACUCGGAGGAUGAAGACGGUUACUGCGUCGACAAUGAAGGCUCGUCCACCGAAGACGGUUCCGACGCCGUCAGGAGCAGGGAGCGGCCCCGGAGUGCCGCACCCAGAGUCCCGCCCUCCAGAGCGAGGGACUUGCACCGCGGCGUGCACCCUCACCACUCUAAGCCCGACUCCCCUGCGAGCCUCCGAGGGCACAGAGGCAGCGUGUCUGCUCUCCAAGACGGCAGACAGCCGCUGCAAGCGCUGGAGCCACAGAGGUCACAGCAGCUCAACGUCGCCCUCCAUGGUCAGAAAAGGCAGCGGCCACUGGGGCCCACCAGUAGAAAGUUCCCCCAGAACCCGCUCCCUGCUGGGCUCCCCACAUGCAGGCUGCAGCAGCAACAGAGACCCUCCUCUGCAGGGCCCGUCUUCAAGAAACGCAGGGAGAAGGUCUUGAGGAGCAGCAGCACUCGUGGGGUUUUCUUUGACUCAGCCGCAGAGCUGUUGUCAGCGCUCAGCUGGGAAGAGAGGGAGCUACUGGAAACCAUCACAGACAGGGGCUACGCUCUGCACACGGCCAUCCUGGCUCUGCAGAAGACCGGCUACCGCAGCCCAGAGAAGAUCUUAAAAUACCUGGUUGCCAGUGAUCGUCUGUGUGAGCUGGGUUAUGACGAAGCCCAGGUGGAGGAGGCUUUGGAGAUGUUUCAAAACUGCGAAACCAAGGCAGCCGAGUUCCUGCGCCUGCUGACCCAGUUUAAUGAGAUGGGUUUCCAGCAAAGUGCAAUCAAAGAAGUGCUGCUUGUCCAUGAAAAUCACAGAGAGAGGGCCCUCGAGGAGCUCAUGACACGGAUGGCUUGAAAACUUUCUUGUAACAGAUGUUGCCAUCAGCUGUGCUACUCAACAACUACGGGCUAGAGUGUAAACAUUAAGAUUAAAAAAAAUAA